AUGUCCAGUGGCCCGAAGGGGAAACGACGAGAGCUUGACUUAAAAAAACGUUAUGAAGUUGUUAGGUUGAAAGAAAAGAACCCUCAUGUCAGCGCAAGGAGGCUUGCAGACCAAUUUAAAUGUGGGAAGACCCAGAUUCAAGCUAUCUUGUUGGAGAAAGAUGAGAUUUCAAAGGACUACGAGUCUAAUGUCAACGGCAAUAUCAAACGAGUAAGAGGAUCUCAACACGAAGAGAUUGAUAAAGCUUUGCUUGACUGGUUUUGAAAGGCAAGGUCAAAGAACAUUCCAGUUACCGGGCCCAUGUUGCAAGAAAAAGCUACAAGAAUUGAAGAGGCUUUAGAAGUUUUCGGCGAGCAAUUCAAGGCUUCAAACGGGUGGCUAGAUCGUUUUAAAAGGAAAACUGGCAUAAAAGCAAAGUUUAUUUCUGGAGAAUCAAGAGAUGUCAGAGAAGAAAUGGUGGACUCAUGGAGAGAAAGACUUCCUGUAAUUUUUCCAUGAUGGCACCCUCGCUACAUUUGGAACAUGGAUGAAACUGGCCAGUUUUUCAGAGCGCUCCCAAACAGAUCCCUGACUGAGGCUUCUCAGAGUUGCACAGGUGGUAAGAAAUCAAAAGACAGGCUGACGUGUGCGUUCUUCGUUAAUGCUUGUGAUGGGAAAGAUAAGCCUAUCAUCAUUGGCAAAUUGGCAAAUCCAAGAUGUUUCAGAGGUAUCCAGGACAGAUCACUACUACCAUGUGACUAUUUCAACCAGCCAAAAGCGUGGAUGAACAGUGAUAACCUGAUGGAAAUUCUAUCGAAACUUAGCCGAAGACUAAGCCAUGAGGAUAGAAGCAUAAUCCUGUUCCUGGACAAUCCCCCAUGCCACCCCGAAGACUUAGAUGAUAAGUUUGAGAAGAUAAAUAUCGUCUUUUUCCCAAAAAACACGACAUCUUGUCUACAGCCACUUGACCUUGGCAUAAUUCAGGCAUUCCAGCUCAAAUACUACAUUGUUAGUAAGGUGGAUCAAUGUAAUUCUGCUUGACGUUCUCCAGGCAAUAAGGUGGACCUCCAUGGCCUGGAAUGAUGUUUCAGAAAGUGCUGUUGUCAAAUGCUUUACUAAAGCCGGAAUGUUAGAUGCAGAAGGCAACGCGAAUGCAGUCAAGUGUAGCAACUCUGAAGUUGACCCAUUUGCAGAAUUACAAGACAAGUUUGCUGCUGUUGAGAGCUUGGUGAAAGAAACAAGGGAAGUCUCUGCAAUCUCAAGGAAAGAAACUGUAGAUGGCAGUUUUGAUCCACCAGUUUGCUUCAAACUUCCAGACAACUGGGAGGAUACAUUUUUUUGA